UGACCUUCGCCGGCCUCCGUCGUCAGCGUUUGUUUUGUUGACAUUUUUUUUUUCUCUCUUCCGUCAGCUGAUUUGUCCUCUAGUUAGCAACAAAACUAAGACGUAACGCGGCGAUGUUGCCAACAGCUCGACAAUUGUUGUCGCAUUUGAGAGGGAAAGUGGCGCAACAUGGCAGUUACGUUCUUUUCCGACUUGACUCGUCUCGUUUCGUCGCUGAACUGCUGCGAGUAACCUCGCCAGUUAGGCUUUUAGCCCGUUAGCAUUAGCAUCUGUCCCGAAUUCAACUGGAGGAGACACACAUGGAGGGCGUUUUGUACAAAUGGACCAACUACAUGACGGGACAUUGCCGUUCGACGCACAUCUCAAACACAUUUUCGGCCGAAUGAAGUAAAGGCUUCGCGUGUACGGCAGGCUGGCAGCCGCGCUGGUUCGUGCUGGACGACGGCGUCAUCUCCUACUACGACAGUGAGGACGACGUGGGCAAAGGAAGCAAAGGCUCCAUCAAGAUGUCCGUGUGCGAAAUUAAAGUUCACCCGACGGACACCACGCGUUUGGAGCUGAUCAUUCCCGGCGAGCAGCAUUUUUACGUGAGGGCGGUGAACGCGGCGGAGAGACAACGCUGGUUGGUGGCGCUCGGCUCAUCCAAAGCCGGAAGCUUGGACGUGCACAAACACAAAGGUCCAGACUGUCUGAGGACCAAAAUGUCGGAGCUUCGUCUCUACUGCGACCUGCUGGUCCAGCAGGUCCAAAGCAUCCAAUCACAGAGCGGCGCGGAGCGCCAGGACAUGCCCCCGUCCGAGGCCUCCCUCCUUAGCGCCACCUGCGCCACCUUCAUCCGGACGCUGGAGGAGUGCAUGAGCUUGGCGCAGCAGAGCCUGGCGCCGCACCUGCAGCCUCCUGAAAGGAUGAGAAGAUCGGUCAGUCACCCCGGCACGUCCACUUUGGACAGGUGCGGCGUGCUGAAGGAGAGCGCCGGCGCAGGUUCCAGAUCCAAGCCGCAGCGGGACCAAGCCAGCUACGACAGUUCCGUUUACGACUCGGAGCCAACGAUUAAAGGUCUACUGGCCGACCUCGGCGGCGACGCGCCGUGCAUCCCGGAGGACCGGGGGGGCGCGGCCGGUCCAAAGACCGCUCUCGCUCCCGCGGACGCCGACCUGUCCGUCUGAAGGUCACGUCAAGGUCGCAAGGCGCAGCUUUGAUGCGGACGUCGCCAACGUCGGAACUCUCUCUUUGGCAGCGGGACCGGGCCGAUGGCGAAUGAGCACUCGGGACUCUCUUGGAGUCUUUCCUCUUCAGAUUUGCCCCCGUGGUACUCGGAACUUGAAUUCCCGACUGCGGCAAGCGGGACCCAAUCCCCGGCUCAAUCCCCCCCCGCCCCCUCCAAUCAGCAGACGGUGAUGUCGAACGACGUCGCCCCAACACAGCCGAAUCGAGGGUGGCGCAAUGCAUGAUGGUACUGGGAGGCGGCAGCUGGACUCCACGUCUUCCUGCCGCUCGUGCACUUUAGCCGUCAAAAUCCCUUUGGGAGGGAUGAGGGUUGUCUGUGUUGCCACGGCAACAGUGGCGGCGUUAAAACAAAAACAAGCUGCUUUAAAGCACCAAGAAAUAGUCCGCUUUUCUUUUCGUUUUUGAAGAACGACGCCGCUUGUUGUUAUUGUUUUUCCUCUGGAUGUUGUGAAAAGAAAGUUGAGCCCUUAUUAAAAUCACCUCAAAUGUCA